AUGGAAAAUAUAGUUAGUAAAUCAAUAAAGAGUUGUUUGAAUUUCUUUUUCAAAAUUGUCUCUUUUUGGUUUAGAUUAUGGCUUUUACCAAUUAAUUCAAUUUUUGAAUGGGUAAUGGAGAAAGUUAAACCAAUAUUGGAUCCAUUAUUUUCAUUUUUAGAGAAAAAUAAAUCAAAAUUAUUAAAAUAUUCACUAUUAUCAAUAUUUUAUUUAUCUUUCUUAUUUUUUGUUACCAUUUUGUCAUAUUAUGCUAUUUAUGCAACUUUGGUACCAAAAGUUUCAACUGAAGAACCUUUAUUCUUUGAUUAUAGUUAUAAAUCAACAAAAAAGAUUGUAGCAGAUGUUCAAGCAGCAGUUGAAUUUCAAAAGAAUAAACAUUAUAAUAUUUAUUUAGAGUUGGAAUUACCAGAAUCACCAAAGAAUCAAGAUAUUGGUAUGUUUAUGGCAUGUAUGGAUAUUGAUGAUCAUGAUAAAUGGAAUCCACAAAAGAUUCAUCAUACAUGCCGUCCUGCAAUGUUAAAAUAUUCUUCAAGUUUAUUGAAAUCAUUGAAAUCAAUCAUCUUUUCAGUUCCAUACCUUUUUGGUGUCUAUGAAGAGAAACAAAUCAUAGUUUUACCAAUGGGUGAAAAUUUCGUUGCAAAUAGAUUUUAUCAAACAAUUUCAGCAUCAAUCCAAAUUAAUAAUCCAGAGAUUCAAAUUUAUAGAGCAUCAUUAAAGUUUUUAGCAAAUUUAAAUGGGUUUGAUUAUUAUUUAUAUUAUUAUCCAAUAACUUCAUUCAUUGUUGGUUGUUCUAUGAUUUAUCUUUGUUUAGUUGGUGUUACUCUAUUCAUUGUAGUUUCAUUAUAUCUCUAUAGACAUUUCAACAAAGAGGAAGAAAAAGAAGAAGAAGGGGAAGAAGAGGAUGAGGAGGAAGAGGAAGUUGAUCAAGAAUUUUCAGAAAGUGAAUAUUUAGUACCUGAAAAUGAUGAUAUUUUAGUUGGCGAAGAUCAACUAUCAUCUUCUUCAUAUUUACAUAAACAACAAAAACAACCACAACAACAACAACAACAACAAUCAAUUCCAAGAAGAAAUGGUGCAUCUUCAAUACCAACAACAACAGCUCAAAAAAGAAAACCAAUUUGGGAGAUAGAAGAUGAAAAUGAUAACAUUAAUAAUUUUGGUGCUUCUUCAUCUUCAAAUACUUCCGCAAAAACAAAAACAACAACAUCAUCAACAUCAUCAUCAUCAUCAUCUAAUUUAAAAACCACAUUUUUAUCAAAUAAAGAUGCUGAAGACAAAUUAGGUAUUUUCUCUUCACCAAAGGUAGCACCACAAACUUCCUCUUCAAAUAAACAAGACCAAUACUAUAAAGAAUUAGAUGAAGCAUUUAGUCAGUCAAUUUCAAAUAAUGACAAUAUUGAUAAUAAUAAUAAUGAUAAAAAUAAUAAUAAUAAUAAUAAUAAUAAUAAUAAUAAUAAUAAUAAUAAUAAUAAUAAUAAUAAUAAUAAUAAUAAUAAUAUUCAAUAUUCUUGGGAUAAUGAAUUAAAAGAUUUCGAAAGUCAACACCAAAGAUCUUUAACUUCUUCUCCUUUAAUUAGAUCGACAAAUAAUAAUAGUAGUGGUACUUCUAAUAAUAAUAAUAAUAAUGAAAAGCCAAUUUUAAAAAAGAAAACAACAUUUAAAUAUUCUAGUGAUGAAGAAAAUAAUAGUAAUUUAAAAAAUAAUGAAUCUGAUGAUGGUGAUAAUGAAAAAAGUAAUGAGACAUCAACAACAAGUAGUGUAAAUGGUAAUUCAACAGAUUCACCAAGAUAUAUGAAUACAUUAAUCCUAACUACAAAUUCUGUUGGUUCAUCACCACAAGUUUCUUCAUCUUCAACACCAAUAGCAGUAGUAUCGUCUCUCAAUGACCAUGAACAACUACAACAAGAACAAACGAUUCCAUCUGCCAUCCUAAAUCAAGCUUCAGAUAAUACUUCUUCGGAACAAUUACAAGAAAAUGAAGAAGGAAAAGAGAUUUGUGAUGAUAAUAAUAAUAAUAAUAAUAAUAAUAAUAAUAAUAAUAAUAAUAAUAAUAAUAAUAAUAAUAAUAAAAAUAAUAAUAGUGACGAUGUAAAUAAUAACAAUUCUGUUGAUGAUAAUAAAGAUCAAAAAGAAAAUAGCAAUACUGGCAAUGAUAAUUCUCCAUCAUCUGAAUCAGAUCAAGAAAUUGUAGAAAAUGAAGAAACAGGUAAUUCAGGAGAAUGGGUAAAGAUUUCUGAUUCUUCAGUAAGAAAGAGAAAAUAA